UGCGCCGCGUGUUGCAAGCCAACCAGCCAACAAGCAACAGUGAUCACGCCGGUAACGUUCCGAUCGCGCAGCCUCCACCUGGCUCCUCCUUCGCGCAUUCCGAUAAGACCCUGCAUCGAUGACGUCACCGAUAUCCUCGUUUAAAGAACACUUUUCGCGAAAAGUGUCCGCAUUCUCCGAAAAAACACGUUAACGGUUUACCUCCGCAUCCUUUCGCAUUCUGUGGUGCAUCGUUCGAGCAGAGGAAAGGUGCUUGUGCCAAUCUUCAACGACCUGGGCAAAUGUCACGGAUGACGCGAAGACGAUCGUGCCACCGUUGAUUAUUCUGGUUGGAUAUUCCGAAGUACGUGGGACCGACAAGACAAUCGGGAAAUAAACAAUCUGGAUCCGUCCGUGCGUCUAUUGUGAAACCCAAGACCUGUUCCACGAUCCCGACAGAUAUCCACGUUGGACUCACAAAGGGAGAGCGAUUUUUUAGUCGCGAGAAAUCGUAGUCGUGUGUGUCGUUGAAGCAGCGAAAGUACACGGUUCUUUGUUCGCGUAGAGAGAAAAGUUUCCCCGCACGAAUGUGAUUCGCGCGUGUGUCUUACACACGGUGAUUCCAUUGUUGUCGAACAAUCGGACGGUGGUGAAUACGUUCCAAGAUCGACGACCUUUUCCCAGGUGUGAUAACCGUUCGGAUCAGCGCGAGGAAACUCGGCGAGUUCUACGGAUUUUCAUCUCUUCCGGUGGUUCGAUCGGCGGCGAUCCUUCUCCAUCGUUCCGUUGUACGGGAAACCCGCGGGAGUUAACGGUUGAAUGAUUUCACGAGGAAGAAGGAGCGUUUUUCAACAACCGGUCACGGUCGAGACAUCGAGUUUGACGGCGAGUUCGACGAUCGACUUUGCGACGACACCAGGAUGGGUUCCAAGAUCGAGUACGUCGAGUCCUCGCACAUGUACGCGACCAAUUACAUUCGCAAUUCCAAGGCGAUCGGCGUACUGUGGGGUAUCUUCACCAUAUGCUAUGCGAUCAUCGGUGUCGUCGCGUUCGUAACGCCGGAAUGGCUCGGCGAUCUGCAGCACGAGAAUCCCGGAAGAUUCGGCCUGUGGACCAGAUGCAGCUACGGUGGUAAUGGUGAGUUGGGCGAGGAGUGCAUCGGCCGAUUGGACGAUCUAUCGACAAUCGCCAACGUUCCCUUCCGAGCCAGCACGAUUCUAGUCGGCGUCGCGGUGCUAAUCGCAUUACUGGCGAUCUGCGCGAUGCUGAUGUUCUUCUUCUGCCAAAGCACCACCGUUUUCUACAUGUGCGCCUGGAUGCAAGUGGUAUCAGCGAUUUGCAUGGCGAUCGGAGUGUGCAUCUAUCCUUUGGGUUGGGAUUCACCGGUGAUUCGCGCCGUAUGCGGUGCAGCUGCGUCGAGAUACAAUCCUGGCGCCUGUGCCGUGAGAUGGGCGAUACCGCUCGCUGCGAUUGCGGCUCUGGACGCGGCUACCUUAUCGGCUCUUGCUUUCAUUUUGGCCUCCAGACACGUAAGGCUGCAACCAGAACCUUUCAAUAACGGAUCCUUGUACAAAGGCGAAGUGAAUCCAGGCUACAUCAAUGAAGCCCAGAGCGUAGCUGGCUCCCGCAAAUCUCUGUCUUUAAGACCGGUCCUCCUAGUAGCGCCGCCUGAACAAGACCGCUACAGCGAGCUCUCCAGGGCAAAGUCGCACUCGCAUCAUAGUCUGUAUACGCCGGCACCAUCACAUCCGGUGCAUACUAUGUCGACAAAUACUCUCAAUCAUUCGCAGCAUAAUUUCCAGCUCUGAGAUUAUCAAAAAAAAAGGUUAUUAAAUAAACCUGUAUAUAGUCUGCCGGAGACAUGAAGAAAAGUAUUGUACAUAAAAAGAAAUGAUUGAUGGAUAAUUUAUGCGUCCUGACUUGAACGCACAAUCGUUCGGGAUAUCUGUAACGUUAAAUGUUUUACCAGGAAUAGAAUCUCUAUUUAUAACAACGAAAUUAUGUAUAAGAUACAAUAGCAGAAAUUGCUUCUCAGCCACUAAGCAUUCAUUAUUGUUUUUGUGCCGUGUAUAUUAUAUUACAUUUACAUGUGUAUAUGCAUUAUUUAUAUAUCUCAUCGAUAUAUUGUCUUUCUUAGGCUAUUGAGAUUCUUUCUACAUUUAUACACAACUAUUAUAUUUAAUUAUUAUAAAGUUCUAAUGAAAAUUAUUGAAGAUUUGUUAAAUACGAUUUUUUAAGGGUUGUUUAUAUCAAUUUUGUGAGAUGACCUCUUGAUAAUAAAGUGGUAUUUUUCUAUUUAAAAUUUCUCUAUUCCAAUUUCAUUUAUGUUUAUGCAUUAAUGUGUAUAUAUAUAUGUAAAUGUAAUUAGACGUGUUAAAUUGUGUUAAAUUAUGUUAAACCAAAUAGUUUUAUACAUUUCUCUAAGGAUCGUAGAUUUUCUAAAUAUAUUGAAUUAUAUUAUAGAUAAGUUAAAUGCACAAAAAAGAAUAAUUCGAAAGAAAAUUUCUAUAUAUAAAAAUUUUAUAUAAACAAUCCGUGCCGUAUUAUCGAAGCAGAGAGAAAGAGACAUAAAGAGAGAGAGAAAGAGAGUAUAUAAUUCAUGUUAUAUAAUUAUUUAAGUCCUUAAUUAUUGCAACGUGCCUUUACGAUAUAAUAUCGAGAAUAAAACUGUGAAUCAAAUUUUUUACCACAAAAUUACUUAUAUUUACUACAAAAUUACUAUAUAACGAAUAUUUUACGUAGCUAUAUAAUACUCGUGCGCAACUUGGCGAUUUUUAAUUGAUUGGACGAAAAGACGUAAAGUUUAUACGUAAGGAGACCUUUCUUCUGUGAGUAUCGCUAAUGCCUAAUAAAAAAACAAUGAUUA